AUGGCCGGCCUAUACAGGCAGUGCAUUGGUCGGCUGGUGUCCUGUACACCUGGUUUUGCAGGUCAAUCGACUUCCGAAAUCGCUCCAGAAGCGCACAUCAAGCGCACCAAAUAUGUCGAUGCCAGAAAGUACCUUGAUACAGAGGCAGACAUCGACUCGGAGGAUGAGGGUAUAGAGGAUGAAGAUGACAAGGGUAUAGAGGAUGAAGAUGAGGGCGGUUCCUUCAUAAAUGACCAGGCUUCUGAGGAUAGUCACACACCAGCAUUGUCGGACCCUCUGCAAGACGAAGCAGCAUGGGACAUCCUAGAGGAGUACCUCACCUCGGACAUGAACUUCCCUCAAAUGGAAGUGAAACUUGUUUCACACCUGGGUUCUCGAUAUUGUGAAGAGGAUUGGAUGGAGGCGACGCAUGCACUGUUCUCAGCCAAUGAAGACAAUACCCAGGCUUUGACAAAUCUUCGCACUGUCAAGGCUCGGCACUUUUUGCCACCAGCGAAAGUUGCAGGGCCCUCGAGGGGGUCAUUCCAUCAAUCUGCAUGUGCUUGGUUCAACAAGGUGGCAGAUCUCGAGAGCAGGUUCGCCCCAAACUCUGGGUUGUCACGAGUCAACCCUCCAUCACAAUUGGUUCCUUCCUCCAGCGAGGUCACAUGCCGCACUAUCAAGUGUUUUAUUCAAGAUGAAAUCGGCUCUAGCCAUGCAUACUACCUUCUGGAGGUGGAAUUCUCAGACAACCCGAUGUCCAUGGCUCACUGGGAGUCCAUAUUGGAUGCCAUCGUGGAUGCUGUCACUUGUGAGGCAAGGCUCCAAAUAUUUGACACGCGGACAUCCGAUGUAGUCGAACAUGCAAUUUCAAGCACAACGUCUCCAGCAGUCUCGGACCAAUUCCCUAGAGGAAUAGGAGUGUUCGAAGAGCUGGCGUCGAGUACGCAAGAUGAUGGGAUGGCAUCAGCGCGUAGCCUUCCGACGUGGCUUGUCACAGUGCCCUUUUCGAAAACAUCUUUUUUGGCCGCGCAGUUGAAAAGCAAGGGCUUCGAGGUCUACACACAUUCAACGCUCCCAGGCCAUCUGUGCGUCAAGGCCGAAGACACCCUAGUCAUAAAAAAGGCUUGGCCUUCCACUCACGCAAACUGCUUUUUCGACGUUCUUUUUGUCCCUCGGGAGGAUCAGGUCACCAGCAAACCUAGCUUGACAAUCCCUGGCUGGUAUCGCCCCAUGUGUGGGCAAUAUCGGCAUGACGUGGGAUACACAUAUUCAUAUGAUCUGCAAACCAACACCAUCACACUGUUAGUUGCAUCCAGGGAAGUGCCAGGGCGGGAAGUCAGGAAGGACCACCACAUGCCGCGCCUAUACAAUCCUCCCAACGGCGACUCAAGCUCUGCAGUUGUUGAGAUCCCAAUUCCCGCUCCGGAGAGCAUUAUACUUCACCAGGAGUUGAGAUGCAAUCCUGCGUUCGUGCAAUCUACAUUGCAUGUGUAUGCCGCGCAACACUGGAUAGAAGGUGACUUAGUAAGGGUUAGGGCAGGGGAAAUGUUUGGAUGUACGGCUAAGAUUCAGUGUGUUGAGAUAUGCACCCAGUUGGCAUCAGCGCACAUGGAGGAAUUGGUGCAUAUGGAGAAAAUCUCUCAUGAACCAAUCAUGUUCUCCAUCUCCGAUCUCGAAAGGAAAUUCCACAUGGGGGACAGUGUUCGUGUGCUCGACAGUAGUUUAGUGACCUCGCAACUCAAGGGAAAAACUGGAAUGGUUGUCCAAGUUAAUGACAACACAGUUGAUGUACUCGACCAGUCUUCCAAAUUCGAAUUCACCGUUGCAAUCAAUUCUUUGGCAACGUUUGUUGGGGGGGACGUCAGCAAACAGGAGGCUCCCACAAACGUAUCAACCGACACUCCGAUGAAAGGUGAUUACUUUGUUGUAACCGAGGGCUUCUAUAUAGGCGAAUUCGGGGUGGUAUCCAAGGUCGAUAUGAGGAGCAGGACACUUGCAUUCUUCUCGGCCUCGAUACAUCAAUACAUAUGGGUGCCGAUAAGGAUGACGGCCUUCAAUCCCAACCCGACUGCCCUUCAAUAUACUCGUGAGCGCGGAUAUGACAUUGUAGCUAGUGAUAUCGUUCAAGUCGUUAGAGGUGACUCACUCCACACGCAGCUAAAAGAGUUCACUACCUCCAUAACGCAUGUCGCAAGAAUUCAUGGGCGGGCAGAUCGUGAUCCGAUGUGGCACCUUCUCGGCAAGGAGGUAUUUAUCAUUCAGGGCCCUAUGAAAUCCUACCAAGGAACCUUGCAUUCGCUCUCACAGCACACAUGCGAGGUUGCAGUUCAAGGUCGGAAGCAAGAAAUCCCGCGAGCUCAUGUUAUCAGCUGGAAGGGUGUUCUCCUCACUGGUGUUUACUUGCCUCCACGUCAGCUAAGGGAAUUCCUCAGAUUAGCUCGAGGUUCAUUCAUCCAGCCCCCGCAUAUCACACCACCUCGAACUCCUUGUCACUUGCCUCCUCCUGAUGUGUCACAUGCUGAUCAGACCGCUCCUGCUGUACAGGUAUCAGUGUGGGAUGCUCCCGUCGACUCACUGGUGAUAGAUCAGCGUCCAUCCCCUGCAGCCCCUCAUGACGACCCUUGGACAUUGAACGAGGCUGACAGGGAAGAACACCAAUUGCAUCCUCCCAGUGCGAGUACAUCCUCUUCUCCUGCAAACCCAUCAUCUGAUUGGGCAUCCUACCAUAACUGGAUUGUUGACACUGUUGCCCUGGACCCAUUUCUCCUCGAGAAAGGUCCGGUGAAAGAUGGUGAAAUCCUUAUCAGUACAGCUGCAGUACAAGUAAUUAGUUGCAGUACUAUCAGUUAUCACAACUUCGGUCAACUGGUUCAUCCGCCGAACACAAGCUCGGUCAACUGGCUCAUCCGCCGAACACAAGCUCCACUCAGCAUCCAGUAUCAGUGCUUCAGCAUUUAA